GCCAGUUGUGCAGAGAGGGGGGGAGGGGCGGGGCGAGCCGGCGCCCUCACUGUCUUGGUUCUCCCGGCUCUCUGCUCUCCAUCCCUGCAAGAAGAGGAUCAACCCUGGGUCAUGAAGCUGUCCACGCUCCUGUCUUUCCUUUCUCUCCUUCCGGUUGCCGUGCAGCUCCUGGACACUAGGCAAUUUUUAAUAUACAAUGAAGAUCACAGGCGCUGCGUGGAAGCAUUAACUCCCAGUGCAGUUCAAACUGCAGUUUGCAACCCAGACAGCGAAGCGCAGAAAUUCCGAUGGGUGUCUGAAUCGCAGAUCAUGAGUGUUGCCUUGAAGUUAUGCUUAGGGGUACCAUCAAAAAGUGACUGGGUUGCCGUCACUCUGUAUGCCUGUGACUCCAAGAGUGAAUUUCAGAGAUGGGAGUGCAAAAAUGACACGCUUUUGGGAAUCAAGGGAGAAGAUUUAUUUUUUAACUAUGGCAAUAGACAAGAAAAGAACAUUAUGCUUUACAAGGGAUCAGGCUUAUGGAGCAGAUGGAAAGUUUACGGAACCACAGAUGAUUUAUGCUCUAGAGGUUAUGAAGCCAUGUACACACUCCUGGGCAAUGCCAAUGGGGCAACCUGUGCAUUUCCAUUCAAGUUUGAAAACAAGUGGUAUGCGGAUUGCACAACUGCUGGGCGAUCAGACGGAUGGCUCUGGUGUGGAACCACUACAGAUUAUGAUGUGGAUAGGCUAUUUGGAUAUUGUCCAUUGAAAUUCGAGGGCAGUGAAAGCUUAUGGAAUAAAGAUCCGUUGACCAGCAUUUCCUACCAGAUAAAUUCCAAAUCGGCUUUAACCUGGCACCAGGCGAGGAAGAGCUGCCAGCAACAGGAUGCCGAACUCUUGAGCAUCACAGAGAUACAUGAGCAGACAUACCUGACAGGGUUAACCAGUUCCUUGACUUCCGGACUCUGGAUUGGACUGAACAGUCUGAGUUUCAACAGUGGAUGGCAGUGGAGUGGGGGCAGUCCAUUCCGAUACUUGAACUGGUUACCAGGAAGUCCAUCAGCGGAACCAGGAAAAAGCUGUGUGUCACUAAAUCCCGGGAAGAGUGCUAAAUGGGAAAAUCUGCAAUGUGUUCAGAAGCUAGGCUAUAUUUGUAAAAAGGGCAACACAACUUUGAAUUCUUUUGUUAUCCCCUCAGAAAGUGAUGUGCCUACCAACUGUCCAAGUCAGUGGUGGCCGUAUGCAGGUCACUGUUACAAGAUUUACAGAGAAGAGAAGAAACUCCAAAGAGAUGCAUUGAUUGCAUGUAGGAAGGAAGGUGGUGACCUAGCAAGUAUACACAGCAUCGAGGAAUUUGACUUCAUUAUCUCCCAGCUGGGCUAUGAGCCAAGUGAUGAGUUAUGGAUUGGCUUAAAUGACAUCAAGAUUCAAAUGUACUUUGAAUGGAGUGAUGGAUCCCCUGUAACAUUUACCAAAUGGCUUCGUGGAGAACCAAGUCAUGAAAACAAUAGGCAGGAAGACUGUGCGGUGAUGAAAGGCAAAGAUGGGUACUGGGCGGAUCGGGCCUGUGAACAGUCUCUUGGCUACAUCUGUAAGAUGAAAUCACAAGCCCAAACUCCAGGAAUAGUGGAAGUGGAAACAGGCUGCCGGAGAGGCUGGAAAAGACAUGGCUUCUACUGCUAUUUGAUUGGACACACACUUUCAACAUUUACAGAAGCAAACCAAACCUGUGUGAAUGAGAAGGCUUACCUAACAACUAUUGAAGACAGAUAUGAACAAGCCUUUCUGACUAGUUGGGUUGGAUUGAGGCCUGAAAGAUAUUUUUGGAUAGGACUUUCAGAUGUACAAAACAAAGGAACUUUUCAGUGGACCAUCGCGGAAGGGGUUCAGUUCACCCACUGGAAUUCAGAUAUGCCAGGACGGAAAGCCGGGUGUGUUGCCAUGAGAACUGGGGUUGCAGGGGGCUUGUGGGAUGUCUUGAGAUGUGAAGAAAAGGCAAAAUUUGUGUGCAAACACUGGGCAGAAGGAGUAACUCGCCCACCAGAGCCUACAACCACCCCGGAACCCAAAUGUCCAGAGGAUUGGGGCACCUCCGGUAAAACAAGCUUGUGUUUCAAGCUGUUUACAAAAGGAAAACAUGAGAAGAAAACAUGGUUUGAAUCUCGAGAUUUUUGUAGAGCUCUGGGUGGAGAUCUAGCUAGUGUCAAUAAUAAGGAGGAACAGCAAACAAUAUGGCGAUUAAUAACAGCUAGUGGAAGCUACCACGAACUCUUUUGGUUGGGACUGACAUAUGGAAAUCCUUCUGAGGGCUUUACUUGGAGUGAUGGAUCUCCUGUUUCAUAUGAAAAUUGGGCUUAUGGAGAACCUAAUAAUUAUCAAAAUGUUGAGUAUUGUGGUGAGUUGAAAGGUGACCCUGGUAUGUCCUGGAACGAUAUUAACUGUGAACAUCUUAACAACUGGAUUUGCCAGAUACGAAAAGGACAAACACCAAAGCCUGAGCCAACCCCAGCUCCUCAAGACAAUCCACCAGUCACUGACGAUGGGUGGGCUAUUUACAAAGACUACCAGUAUUAUUUUAGCAAAGAGAAGGAAACCAUGGACAAGGCACGAGAAUUUUGCAAGAGGAAUUUUGGUGAUCUUGUUUCUAUCCGAAGUGAAAGCGAAAAGAAGUUUCUAUGGAAAUAUGUCAACAGGAAUGAUGCACAGCCAGCAUAUUUUAUUGGUUUAUUGAUCAGCUUGGAUAAAAAGUUUACUUGGAUGGACGGAAGCAAAGUGGAUUAUGUGGCUUGGGCCACAGGGGAACCCAAUUUUGCAAAUGAUGAUGAAAACUGUGUCACCAUGUAUUCAAAUUCAGGGUUCUGGAAUGACAUUAACUGUGGUUCUCCAAAUGCCUUCAUUUGUCAACGCCAUAACAGUAGUAUCAAUGCCACGGCUCUCCCUACCACACCCUCGGUCCCAGGAGGUUGUAAGGAAGGUUGGAAUUUUUAUAAUUACAAGUGUUUCAAAAUCUUUGGAUUUGUUGAAGAAGAAAGAAAAAAUUGGCAAGAGGCACGAAAAGCUUGCAUAGGAUUUGGAGGAAAUCUGGUGUCCAUACACAAUGAAAAAGAGCAAGCAUUCCUUACGUAUCAUAUGAAAAACUCCACUUUUCACACCUGGACUGGGCUGAAUGAUGUCAAUUCAGAGCACACGUUCCUUUGGACGGAUGGCCGAGGAGUGCAUUACACAAACUGGGGGAAAGGUUACCCUGGUGGGAGAAGGAGUAGUCUUUCUUAUGAAGAUGCUGACUGUGUUCUUAUUAUCGGAGGGAAGUCAAGGGACGCAGGAAAAUGGAUGGAUGACACCUGUGACAGUAAGCGAGGUUAUAUAUGCCGUACACCUCCCGACCCUUCCUUGCCUAGUUCUCCAACAACAAUUCCAACAGAUGGCUUUAUUAAAUAUGGGGAAAGUAGCUACUCACUCAUGAAAUUAAAGCUGCAGUGGCAUGAAGCAGAUGAUUAUUGCAAGCUUCACGCUUCCCUGAUUGCUAGCAUUCUAGAUCCCUAUAGUAAUGCGUUUGCGUGGAUGCAGAUGCAGACGCUGAAUGAACCUGUGUGGAUCGCCCUGAACAGUAACUUGACCAAUAAUGAAUAUGUUUGGACCGAUAAAUGGAGGGUGAGAUACACUAAUUGGGCCAGUGAUGAGCCCAGACUGAAGUCAGCGUGUGUUUAUAUGGAUCUUGACGGCUAUUGGAAGACAGCACGUUGCAAUGAAAGUUUUUAUUUUCUCUGCAAAAGAUCCGACGAAAUCCCUGCCACUGAACCUCCACAGCUGCCUGGUAGAUGCCCCGAGUCAGAGCACACAGCGUGGAUUCCUUUCCAUGGUCACUGCUACUAUAUCGAGUCUUCAUAUACAAGGAACUGGGGCCAAGCUUCUCUGGAAUGUCUUCGAAUGGGUUCCUCUCUGGUUACCAUUGAAAGUGCUGCUGAAUCGAGUUUCCUGUCAUACCGAGUUGAGCCGCUUCAAAGCAAAGCCAACUUUUGGAUAGGAUUGUAUAGAAACGUUGAAGGAAUGUGGCUAUGGAUAAACAACAACCCACUCUCCUUUGUCAACUGGAAGACAGGAGAUCCCUCCGGAGAAAGAAAUGAUUGUGUUGCUUUAUAUGCAUCUUCUGGAUUUUGGAGUAAUAUUCACUGUUCUUCCUAUAAAGGAUACAUUUGUAAAAGACCAAAAUUUGUUGAUGCUGAACCUACUCAUACAUUAAUUACAACAAAAGCUGACCCAAGGAAGAUGGGCCCUUCCAAACCAUCUUCCAACGUGGCAGGAGUGGUAGUCAUAGUGGUCCUCCUGAUUAUAACGGGUGCUGGCUUCGCUGCGUAUUUCUUUUAUAAGAAAAGACGUGUGCCUUUCCCUCGAGAGGACACUUUUGAGAACACUCUCUAUUUUAAUAGUGGAUCGAGUCCAGGAACUAGUGAUACAAAAGAUCUCAUGGGCAACAUUGAACAGAAUGAACACGCAGUCAUCUAGAAUCACGGUGUGAUUUAGGUAUAUUUGAAUUUCAUAAGAUUAUAACUAAAAUGGUAAAGUCUUUCAUUCAAUGUGAUUAUUUCCUUUCAAAUUAGUGCUGUAUUACACUGGUCUGUCCUUUUCCUUUGCCUCAUGGAAAAAAUAACUGUUUAUUUUCUAGCCUGGCAAGAUAUUUUCACAAAAAAGGGAUAGCAACAUUGACUACUAUGUUUAAAAAGAUCUUAGGUGAAUAUACAGCACUGGUGUGUAGCUAGUGUCAACUGCAUACAGAUUACAAGAAGCCCAGAAACAACCAGCUAAGCUUCUUGAAAUCGUUUAAGGAGCUCCCAAAGAACUGUUACCCAUUGAAUAGUUAUUCAGUAAUUAGAGGAGCAUUUUAAAAGCCAAGUACAAAUAACCUCGGGUGACACAAAAAUUUAGUCACUUUUUUUCUUACACCCAUCUUGAUUUUUACCCCAAUGAUUUAGAAUUAUAUUUUUACAUGUGCGGAAAGAAUAAGGCAGCUGAGAAUCUUGUUUGCCCCAAGCAGGAUUUUCCAGGCUGAAUAUUGCAAAUGUGUUCUUUGUCCUGUUUUAUGUAUAUCAAGAAUGCAAAGAUGUGAAAUAAAAAUAUAAAUUUGCAUAACUGGAUGUAUUUAGAUAAUGUGAAAUAGACAUCAAAAACAAGGUCUAGGGCUUCCCUGGUGGCGCAGUGGUUGAGAGUCCGCCUGCCGAUGCAGGGGACACGGGUUCGUGCCCCGGUCCGGGAAGAUCCCACAUGCCGCGGAGCGACGGGGCACGUGAGCCAUGGCCGCUGAGCCUGCGUGUCCGGAGCCUGUGCUCUGCAACGGGAGAGGCCACGACAGUGAGAGGCCCGUGUACCGCAAAAAAAAAAAAACAAGGUCUAUUUUUAAUGGAUUUGUAUUUUGGUGAUCUUGGUAAGUGUAAAUUUUCUUUUAACUGAGAUUUAUUUAUCCAUUUACUUUACACUUCACUGUACUCUGAAAAUAAAUGAUAUUAUUAGUAGAGGAAUUCUUUAAACUCUUCAUCUAUUUGGAAAAAAAAAAGAUUGUUAAAACACUGUGCAUAAAAUGAAUUUUUUACUGUAAUGACUUGGCCAGUUUCCCUGGAUCUUUCCCCUGUAACACUGACUUAUUUCAGAAUUCAACAAUCAAAGGCGCUGUUAUUGGGAAUUAGGUCUUUAAUAUCAUUUUCUCACUUUAACAAUUCCUUUUUGCUUAAAAAGUUUUGCCUUAGAUAAAGCUUUAUGUACAUUGUGAAAUACAUUGGAGGUGUCACAUCUUGCAUGGGUACCACGCUCCCAGCUCAUUCUUGCCUUUUCCAAGGGGUUGCUCACGGGCAGAAAUUCCUUACCUGAGGUCCCUAAACAGGACUCCUUAGAUGGCAUUAAGGGGUCUAUGAAGGCCCCCCCAAAUUGUAUGCAAAAUGUCUCUAUUUGUGUUUAUGCCUUUUUUUUUUUCUGGGAAGAAAAUAGCUAGAUUUUCAAGAGAGUCUGUAAUUCAAAAAGGACUAAGAAGUAGUGUACUGUGUAGGAGGUAAGGUGAGGUUUGCAAUACCCCACCUUAGAUAGGUGACAGGUAGAAAGAAACAGGAUGAGAGAGGUGGGCAAUUGUGGGAAAACUUGCUGAGAACAAACAACCCUCAUGCUUCAGACAAUAGAAAACCAAUUGCUUUUAUUUUCCUAGUAAGAACACAACAUAUUCCAUUAGAGGAAGUUCCAGUGGAAACAAUGGCUAUGGUGUCAAAGGAGCAUGUGGUUAAUUAUACUGAAAAAAAUCUUCAUAUAUACAUAUUUUUUUCUUUUAAGAUACAAGAGAAAGAUGUGAAAGAGGAGUGUAUGAGUGGGCACAAUUUACAAAUUCUUUACACAAGUCAUUUUCAUCGUAACUCAGAGCUGCGUUUUUGCAGAAAAUAUUUUGGACUUCAAACAACAUAUAUCUCAGACUUAAAUGUCUUAUCCUUUCAAGAAACUGUAUUCGGCAGGGUGCUGAGUUUUAUGCUUCACACCCUCACAUUAUCCACUCAAACAUACAAUCAAAUAGAUAAGUCACCUGUAUCUAUAUAUGUACCCAAAUUAAGUAGUAACAUAUUAAUAAGCAAUUUUUGGAGGGGGGGAAGUUUUAUAAAGCAGAGAAGAGCAGUUUUUGUUUUGUUUGCUUUUUUGCAUUUCUUUUUGGUUUUGGUUGUUGUAGUUGAUUUGUUUUUGUUUCUGUUUAAAUAAAUUUAUUUAUUUUAUUUAUUUA